AUGGUGAAAAGCUUCGACGAAUUUCUGGACAAUGUGUUCACACCACUGUUUGAAGUGAGCAAUGAUCCUGAAACGCAUCCUGACUUGUUCAGAUUCCUUCAGCAAAUCUCUGGUUUCGAUUCAGUCGACGACGAAAGUAAACAUGAACAUGUGAAUUUCGACCGUUCGACACCAUCUCCGGAUCGGUAUACCGAUCCAGAGAAUCCACCGUAUAAAUAUUAUCUGUAUUAUAUGUAUGCGAAUUUGACAGCUUUGAACUCAUUGCGGAGGUAG